AAAAAAAACAAUUAAGAAAUUUCCACAAUGAUAUUGGUGGGAUUCUACCUCAUAAAGCAUCUUUAAAAUUCAACCCUUUUUCCAAUUAAAAUUCUCCACAAUUUCAAGAAUCUUUAAAUUUUAAUUCUUGAAAAGAUGAAGAACAAUUUGAGCAACAAUGGCACAAAGCUUAUACUUCUUCAUCCUUACAUACAGAAGCAAGGGAGCUCCAAUCGGCUAUGGCUUCUUGUUUUUGUCUCCUUUCUCACUCUAGCUUUUCUCGCUACACUCAUCUACACCCGCGAAUCCAUAUCCUUCUCCGCCGCCGCCGCCACCACCUCCGCCGUCUCGGUGGCGGCGGCGGCGGCGGCGGCGCCCAGGAUGCCGUCCGCCGUGGCCAGGGCGCUCGUCCACUACGCGUCGAGCUCGAACAGCACGGACCACAUGUCGUACACGGACAUCAAGCAGAUCUCCGACGCGCUGCGGCAGUGCCCGCCGCCGUGCAACUUCCUAGUGUUCGGCCUCACCCACGAGACCCUACUCUGGCGGGCGCUCAACCACGGCGGCGGCGGCAGGACGGUGUUCAUCGACGAGAACCGGUACUACGCGGCGUACGUCGAGGAGAAGUACCCGGAGAUCGAGGCCUACGACGUGCAGUACGCCACCAGGCUGGCCGACAUGCCGGAGCUGGUGGCGGCGGUGAAGGAGCAGUCGCGGAACGAGUGCCGCCCCGUGCAGAACCUCCUCUUCUCCGAGUGCAAGCUCGGCCUGAACGAUCUGCCCAACCAGCUGUACGAGAUUGACUGGGAUAUCAUAUUGGUGGACGGGCCGAGAGGGUACUGGCCGGACGCGCCGGGGAGGAUGGCGGCGAUAUUCACGGCGGCGGUGCUCGCCCGGAGCAAAAAGGGCGGGAACCCGAAAACACAUGUCUUCGUGCAUGAUUUCAAUAUGAAGGUGGAUAGAAUAACGAGCGAUGAGUUCUUGUGCAGGGAGAAUCUUGUGAAGUCGAAAGAUAUGAUGGGCCAUUUUGUUCUUGAGAGAAUGGACGCCGCCGCCACCCAGUUCUGCCGGAGCAGCCAUUCGCCGCCGGCUUCGUCAUCUUGAUAAUAAUCCUGAUAAUCGCGUGUUGAAUUUUGGCUUCUUUUUUUUCUUACUUUUGUUAAUGAGUAGUCGGUAUAAAAAUGAAGCUUGAUAAUUUAAUUGAUUUUCCUCCCAAAUAAUAAUUUCUUUUCUUUGUCUGAUUCUUGUAGUACGCUUUCUGUACUGGUACAGUAUAAAGACACGCCUUUUCUUUUCUUCUUUAA